AUUCAUAGAAGGGCAGUGCGAGCGAGGGGGCUAGGGAGUGAGCGAGAGCGUCACAUUGGAAACUCGGGAACACACGGACUCUCGUGCUAAGCGGGCGACCUCAUUUUUCAUUACUGAAUAUUUAGCUAAAGGACUACAAUUUCAAAGACUGCAAGGGAGAGGACACUGUUCUACUGGAGCAAGAGGUGGGAAUCAACAGGUAAACUGGGAUCCACAAUACGCGCUCAGCGUAAGACACCAGCAACACGGAUGGAAAGAACUUUGAUGAGGAAUCCAAACAGAAUUUUAGAACGUAGACUGAGAGUUGAGACUGACUGGGAGUUUAUAUAAAGGAGACCUCGAGUGACAGAAGCAAUCCUUUCGUUUUAAACAGGCAUAGUUUAUAUUCCUGAAAAAGGGUGAACUUCUUCAUUAGUUCAGACAUAGGGAUAGGCCUAGGAUUAGUAGUUGAACACCCAUAGGCCAAGAAACUAUACCCUGUACACGUUCUGUUACUCACCUGAGGGAGGAAGCUUUCUUGGAAGAGGGGAAAGAUGUCGGGAGAGGAGCAGAGUUUAUCUGAGUUAGAAAUGAGUCCGGGGGUCUCGGACGACGGUCACUCCUUGUCACCGGGUCACUCAUCCAGUGCCGCAGGCGGAGGAGACUCACCCCUGUCCGGUCCGCAGCCCCAGCUAACAGGGGUCGGCGACGACGCCCUAUCCGAUGUAGCUGGCGGGAUUUCCAUCAAGUCCGAUGAAGACGACGAUCGCUUUCCCAUUGGUAUCCGCGAGGCAGUGAGCCAGGUGCUGAACGGCUACGACUGGACACUCGUGCCUAUGCCUGUGCGCGUAAACUCCGGCAGCAAAAGCAAGCCGCACGUGAAAAGGCCUAUGAACGCCUUCAUGGUGUGGGCACAGGCCGCACGGAGAAAACUGGCAGACCAGUAUCCCCACCUCCACAACGCGGAGCUCAGCAAAACCCUCGGGAAACUAUGGAGGCUCUUGAAUGAGAGUGAUAAGAAGCCUUUCAUCGAGGAGGCCGAGAGGCUGAGGAAGCAGCACAAGAAGGACUACCCGGAGUACAAGUACCAGCCACGCCGCCGCAAGAAUGGCAAACCCGGCUCCGGCUCUGAAGCUGACGGCCACUCUGAGGGUGAAGUCAGCCACAGCCAAUCGCACUACAAGAGCCUCCACCUGGACGUGGCUGCCCACGUCAGGGGGGCGGGGUCUCCUCUGGCUGAUGGACACCACCCACAUACUGCAGGCCAGAGCCACAGCCCUCCUACACCACCCACCACCCCCAAGACGGAGCUCCAGUCUGGGAAGUCGGGUGAUGGGAAGCGGGAGGGCGGUGGAGCAGGGGGCUCCCGUGGGGGAAUGGGGGUAGGAGCAGAGGGUGGCUCUGGAUCAGGGUCAGGCAAACCACACAUUGAUUUCGGCAACGUGGACAUCGGUGAGAUCAGCCACGAGGUGAUGGCCAACAUGGAGCCCUUUGAUGUGAACGAGUUUGACCAGUACCUGCCCCCCAAUGGGCACCCGGGGAUUGGACAGAGUGCUGGGUCAGCGGCAGCAGCAGGGUCCUCUGCCUCUCCCUAUGCCUACGGUAUCUCCUCUGCCCUGGCCGCGGCCAGUGGACACUCUGCGGCGUGGCUAUCCAAGCAGCACCAGCAGCAUCAUGCCUCACCUCUGGGCUCCGACCCCUCUAAGGCUCAGAUUAAGAGUGAGGCCAGCUCGGGGGGACACUUUGCCGAAGCAUCCUCAGGGGGUUCCCAUGUCACCUACACUCCCCUCAGCCUGCCCCACUACAGCUCUGCUUUCCCCUCACUGGCCUCCAGGGCCCAGUUUGCAGAGUAUGCUGACCACCAGGCCUCGGGAUCCUACUACGCCCACUCCAGCCAGGCCUCAGGGCUGUACUCUGCCUUCUCCUACAUGGGGCCCUCGCAGAGGCCCCUGUACACAGCCAUCACUGACCCGUCCAGCGUGCCACAGUCACACAGCCCCACGCACUGGGAGCAGCCGGUCUACACCACCCUGUCGCGGCCCUGACAAAGACCAGGAGCAGAUGGCUCUGGUGUAGAUUUGGCCCCAACGGCAGACCCACAGAGCGGAGGAGACCUGGGUUGGAGGCAGUGGGGAGAUGGAAUCCCCUUCUGGUCUGGCCCAGAUGCAGGAAGGCCUGUAGGGUCCAAGGAGGAAUGGAGAUCAGAUGAUUUUAUGGGGUAACUUGUGGUGUAUAACUUCAUUGUUGAGUACUCAGAGGGAUGGAUCCUAGUUUUUAGGGUCAGAAAGAGAGAAUAAAUCAAAUCCAUAUUUAAAUCUAGAGGCUUAUCUUUGAAAUGGUUUUAUGAUGUAAAGAUGUCAACAGUACAGAGUGACAAACUGUUUGGCUAGCCCAUCCAUCCACAUCUCAGGCAUGUUGAAAACAGAUUAAUUACAUGAUGUAACAUAAUAUCCAAUAUAUAAUCAAUGACAUAUUCUGUGAUUGGCCCAGAGGCAUAUUUCUUAUGAUUUCCACGUGCAUACGUAAAAUGUAUGCUCACAUGACAGUAAGUCUCUUUGGAUACAUUUGUCUGCUAAAUGACAUACAGAAUAAGUUGCCUAUGUUGUAAUUGGAAUAUACUGUAUAUCUAUAACAAAGGGCAUACAGUCCAGAAAAUCUGUUUUAUGAAUUAAAAUGACCAAAGUUUUGAAACCAAAACUUUAAAGAAAGAGAAAAAUAUUAUUUAAGUUGUUUCUCUCUGUAUGACACUGUAUUACAGUACUACAUUGAUUUUGAAUUAAGUACAACACAUUUUUUUCUGACCUGAUUACAGCACUUUGGUGACAUACCCUCAACACUAUAUUGAUUUAUCAACCUCAAUAUUUCUUUUCCCAUGGCACUGACUAUUAUGUUGAUUCAGCAUUGUCUCUUUAACACAGAACAUUUCAAAACGGUAUAGCGAAUAAGAAGACAAUACGACAUAAUUAUUUUAUAUAAUCAUCUUUUAUGAACCAAAAUUGAGGUCAUUAAGUAUGUAUCUUCAGUAGACAUAAUACAUUAUUUUCAUUGUUAUAAUCGUUACUAUUAAUGUCAUUAUAUUGCCAAUGUUUUGCCAUCACUACACUGAAAGUCUGCACCACUUCCCUCACAUUUAAUGAAUUGUUUGACGUUAAAAAUGUGUCUUUACACUGAGUGUACAAAACAUUAGGAACACCUGCUCGUUCCAUGACAUAGACUGACCAGGUGAAUCCAGGUGAAAGCUAUGAUCCCUUAUUGAUGUCACCUGUUAAAUCCACUUCAAUCAGUGUAGAUGAAGGUAAGGAGACAGGUUUAAGAAGGAUUUUAAAGCCUUGAGACAAUUAAGACAUGGAUUGUGUAUGUUUACCACCCUCAGAGAGGGUGAAUGGGCAAGACAAAAUAUUUAAGUGCCUUUGAAUGGGGUUCGGUAGUAGGUGCCAGGCGCCCUGGUUUGAAUGUGUCAAGAACUGCAACGCUGCUGGGUUUUACAUGCUCAACAGUUUCAGUUUCCCGUGUGUAUCAUGAAUGGUCCACCAUCCAAAGGACAUCCAGCCAACUUGACACAACUGUGGGAAGCAUUGGAGUCAACAUUGGACAGCAUCCCUGUGGAACGCUUUCAACACCUUAUAGUCCAUGCCCCGAAGAAUUGAGGCUGUUCUGAGAGAAAAAGGGUCUGCAACUUAAUAUUAGGAAGGUGUUCCUAUUGUUUUGUACACUCAGUGUACCGUAUUCAGUGUAAAAUGUUAGAUUUGUAGAUAGUUGUUGUAACAUUUUUGCUACCUGUUUAUGGCUUUUCUGAAAUGCCAUCACAGAAACACAGUUGCCUGAGAUUGAGUGAUUAACAGCAUGCAUGAAUGAGUUCUCGAGUCUACAGAGGGUAAGAUCGCAAACUGGCCUUUAUGUCAUGGAAUACCAAUCCCUUGUUUGCAAUAGAAUAGCAACAAUCCAAGGGGUUAUUUUCUAAAGAGAGGUACCAAGAGACAACUCCAAAAUAACAGUACCUGUAGUUAACGUUGGAUGCCCCUUCAUCUUGUAAUGUGAAAUAAUACCUUGUAUGUUUACUUUAUUCUAAUAUAUGUGAUUUCAAUAUUAUUAUUUUAAAUAAUGGUAGUGCUUCCUUUUGGCCCAGAACUACUUUUGGGCCGUUUUUGUACAUUAUGUCUUGAGCGAAAGAAGCACAUGACAUUUCAUUUUAGAUCCUACGUCUUGCUUUAGGAAUUGCUUGUUCUUAUAAAUAUUACAAUUAUUAUUUAUAUUUGCUGGUAUUAUGUUUUUAUGAGCUGUUAACAGGUUUUCUUCACCGUGUUGAAAAAUCUGUUAUUGUUUUGGUGUUUUCUCAGUAAGUGUUGCCAGCAGAACAAAACAACCUGUAAAUACUAGCGGAAACAAAACCUUAGCGACAUGAUGACUAAUGAAUUCCUCUCACACUAAAUAAAACUGUAUUCUUUCUGCUUU